AUGGAAGAUUAUUCUAAGUAUUCACAUAGUCCUGCGCAUCUAGCGGUUGCGCAACGAGACCAUGCCGCGCUUAAGAAACUUAUCGCUACUCUACCGCGGUUGGCGAAAGCCGGUGCGGUUAACACGGAGGAUGAAUCGGUAGCUGCUGAGCUUGAUGCGUAUACAGUUUCGGCUGUGAUCGACUGUCGUGAUGUUCCGGGUCGAGAAACGCCGCUUCAUCUUGCUGUUCGGAUCAAGGAUCCGAUCUCGGCGGAUAUUUUCAUGGCUGCUGGUGCGGCAUUACCAGCCUCUUGCGUGGACGAAGUGGUGUUGGAGGCUUAUGUGUAUUGUCGCGUCGUGGAACCUGAUGACUUGAAAUUCACCAAAAUAAAGGAAGGUGUGUAUAUGAGUAGUUGUGCUAUUUACAAACUACUGAAAUCGGCGAAGAUGCAAAGGUUGAAGGCAACAUUGUGUAUGGUGGCAGCCAAGUUUUCCGUAGCAGCAUUCACAAUUUCGUAUAAAUUGGCCGCAAAUGAUGGCAUGAAUAUGAAAGUUUUAAUUACCUAUCGUUACUUAUUUGCUUCCAUUCUCAUUCUUCCUCUAGCUCUAUUUCUUGAAAGAAACAAAAGGCCAAAGCUAACAUGGAUGAUACUCUUCCAAGCUUUUAUUUGUGCGACUUUCGCGGGGCCGAUGGCGCAAAAUAUGUAUAGUAAAAGCUUGGUUCUAACAUCUACAACGUUUACUGCGGCUUUUACCAAUCUUAUUCCUCCAUUAACCUUCAUCAUAGCUGUUCUACUCAGGUUGGAGAAGGUUGAAAUAGGUACAAUUAGUGGAAAAGCAAAGGUUUUCGGAACCCUUGUAGGGGUUGGAGGGGCAAUGGUUCUAACUUUUUACAAAGGUCAUCAACUCAAUAUUGGGUCAACCCAUUUCAACCUUUUACAUAAUGGCCAACGCAUGGGUGGACAUGUGGCUGCAACCCACAAGAAUUCUACUCAUGAUCAUAUCUUUGGCUCUAUAUUGGCAUUGGGUUAUUCUCUUUCUAUUGCCCUUUAUUACAUCUUUCAGAGAAAAUUAAGUGCAAAUUAUCCUUGUCAUUACUCGAACACAUUUUUGUCUAGUGUGUUUGGGUUCAUACAGUCCCUCGUGUAUGCUGUUCCAACCGAGAGCUCUUUGAGUCAAUGGAAGCUUGGUUCGAAAUUUAGACUAUUCUCAGCUAUUUUUCAGGGAAUGUGUUCGCUUGGAACAAUUUUUUUUGUCACCGCAGCUGUACAUCUGCAAGGUCCACUAUUCGUGUCAACUUUCAACCCGUUGGUGCUUGUUUUUGUGGCAAUAGCUGGUUUUCUUCUACUUGAUGAAAAGUUGUAUGUUGGAAGUCUCUUAGGAUCUCUAAUAAUUAUAGUGGGGUUGUAUUUGGUGCUAUGGGGCAAAGGUAGAGAGACUAAGAGGCUGACGCCUCCAGGAAGCUCAAAAGAUGGGAAUGUUGUGUCGAAAACCAACGCCAAUACGACAACUCUCGAGAAUGUGUCCGUGGCUCCAACUUCUUUCUCGGCUAAAAUUGAUGAAGGAGAUACAAAUUCUCAAAUGGAAAAGAAUAAAGAGAAAGAAAUUGUUGAGGAAGUGUGAAGGCUCCAAUGGUGCUUACAUGUUUGGGUUUUUUAUAGCUUAACUAAUUUCAAACAAUACAAUAAUGG